AAAGAAAAAAAGCCCUUUAUUUAUUUUUAACACAAAAUUAAAGAUAUUAAUUCUCAGAAAAAAAAAAGGGAAGGGUUAAAUUAAUAUAGAUGCUAAAGAGUCCUAUUAAAACACCAGCAAUUCCUAAUUAUUUUCAAAAACCAGACGGAAAGUCAUUGACACUCCCUACAAAGAGCCUGAAACAGAAUAAUCUCUCUUUCUUUUAAACUAUCUGUUUCCUUCUUUGGUGGUUUGGCUUUACCUAUAUAUAACAAUUAAUUACAAAAACCCCACCUUUCACUACUACUAUUCUCCCAAAUAAAAAGCAUAAGAAAAGAAAAAAAGAUAAAAACCAUGGCAACAACAUCAACGACGUCGUCGCAUCACGACUUGGGAGGUUGGUCGGAAACACCGUUCAACCACACUGGAAACAUGCAUUUCCGAAGGAGGAAAAUAUUUAUGCACAUGACCUUCUUCUGGGGCCACAACACUGAGGUUCUCUUCCAAGGUUGGCCCGGUACCAGGUCUUCCAUGUACGCCUUGUCGUUAGUGUUCGUCUUUUUUCUAGCUUUUGUCGUCGAGUGUCUCUCUAACUGCCACCUCAUCAAACCAGGGACCAGUAACGCCGUCGCUGGAACGUUGCGUACGGCAAUGUAUACCCUGCGUUCCGGACUGUCUUAUUUGGUCAUGCUCGCCGUCAUGUCGUUUAACGGCGGCGUAUUUCUCGCCGCGGUUGGUGGCCACGCUGUUGGGUUUAUUGUUUUUGGGACUCGUGCCUCGAUGAAAUCAUCGGGUGGUGGGUCCGGUUCGGAUAAACGGACGGAUCUUCCUCCCAUGGAGUGCUAGAUGCGGUUGCUUGGUUGAUUUGAUUUCUGUUUCGCAAUUCCAAAAUGCUUGGGAUUUUGAAAAGAUUUAUUUGGCAUUUUAAGCUGCUUCUUCGUUUUAUUUUUAUUUUUGUUAGUAUCUGUUUGAAUAAAAUGGAAUUUGAGAAAUAAGCAUUUGUUUCACUGGAUUUGGAAAUUGCGAAAAAGUAGAGAUUAUUAUUAUUUUUCUUU